AUGCUAGUUGCCCGCGUCGCUUCUGCGCUCGGAAUGUCCGUUCAUGCCUACACUGCUUCACCCCGCCCAACGCCCGCUUCCCGACGAGAUAACGGCUUCAUAGUUCCUGGCACGGGAGACCCAGACGGCACAAUCCCCGCCUCCUGGCACCACGGUCAUGAUAAAAAGGCAUUACAUUCAUUUCUUUCAAUCGGCCUUGACCAUCUGGUUAUCUCUCUUCCAUUGACGCCGGAAACAACACACAUCCUUGGCGCAGAGGAGUUCUCUAUCCUCUCAGCGUCUGCACCUGGUAAGAAUCGCGGCUACAAGCCCUACGUGACCAAUAUCUCUCGUGGAAAAGUGAUCGACCAGGAUGCCUUGAUCGCCGCAUUGAAAUCAGGGGAAUUGAGUGGCGCUGCGCUGGAUGUUGCAGAUCCAGAACCGCUGCCUCCUGACAGCCCGUUGUGGGAUGCACCGAAUGUGCAGAUUAGCCCGCAUAUCAGUGGGCUUGGAGUAGAGUACGUCGCGCGGGUAUUCGACAUUGUCCAGAUUAACCUUAAUCGGUUAAAGAGGGGAGAGCCGUUGAUCAACGAGUACAAGCGAGGGAAAGCCUAUUGA